AUGCUGAAGGGAAUAGUUUCGAGGACUCUAACAUCCAUCCUCGAUGAAUUUAUGAAGCCAGUAAAGUCCCGACAGAUGAAAAUGGAUAUUCUUAAAGGAAUUACGGAGAUUAGAGACUUAGAACUUCAAGAAAAAGCAUUCGAAAAAGUUGGAUUAGGUUUACUUGUUGAAAAGGGUAUAAUAUCAAGACUUUACUUGAACUUUCCAUGGACAAAGCUAGAAUCUGCUCCUACUAUUGUACAAAUUGAAGAUAUUCAUGUUUCUUUGAAAGUAGAUUGGGAUUACUUUGUACAGUCAAGUGAUGAAAUGACAAGCCAAAAAGUACGAGGUCAAAACAAGCAAAAAGAUGUCGACAAUCUCAAACAAGCAUUAGGCUUUUUAGACAAAUUUGUGGAUAAUUUAAAUGUAUUAGUUAAAAAUAUUUACGUUUCGAUUACAGUUCCGACCGAUGCAGGAACCAGUACAAUAGGAUUUGUCCUUCCUGAGUUCAAAAUCGAAUCUUCAAACCAAAUGAAAAUAGGCGAUCGUUCUUUUUUCUCAAAAAUCAUAUCAAUUACAGGAAUGUACAUGUUCAUGGAUGCAAACAUCCCAAGCAUUCCUUUAGAAUCUCCACUUGAGUUUGUCAAAUUUUUCGAAAAAUCACAAAGACAAAUUAUUUUAGAUUAUCCGCACAUUGAAGUCUUUUAUUCCCACUACAGAGAUACUCUUACUCCUAUCAUGAACUCCAUUGAAUGUAACUUUAAUGAAGUUGUAUUUCAAUUAACGCAAGAACAGAUCAAACAGAUCUCAUUGAUAUCAGUUCUCUUAUCCAAAUCAUUGUGCAGACAGAAAUACGUAGAAUGCGCUCGACCAAAGAACUUAUACGAUGAAGAAAAAAUGUUAUUCUACGCAAUGAGAUGUGCAUCUGUUCAACAUGGAAAGAAGUACUUUUCUGCUAAGUUGGCACUCGAAUUUCUCAAGAAUAGAAAGGAAUAUUACAACUUAUACAAAAAAUCUUUGGAUCAAAAUAUUUUUACAAGAAAAAGUGCCAAAAAAUUUGACAGCUUCAUAACAAAUCUCAGCAAAUCGUCCAAAAUUCUUUUGCUUCAAUACGCCAAAGCGAGAAGGCGUGUUGAAUUAUCAAUAAAAGUCAAUCAAUUGACAGAAGAAGAGAAAAGAGAAUUGCAAAAACAAAGUGAAGGAUUCAUGUCAACUUUGAAUUCAUUUCAAAUGUUCGGAAUCAUAAACAAGAUCAAUAUCAAGCUGCUUAAUAAUGAUAAAACAGAUUUUGCUAAUUUGGAAAUCUUGAAUUACUCAGUUCGUGGAUUUAUUUCUGAUGUUUUGCAUCAAUAUUCUAUUUCUUUGCAAGAUAUAAAUAUUGAUAUACAAAACAACAAAUUCAUGACUGCCGUUCAUAAUGUAAGUACAUGGAUGACAUUGACAUUCAGUUAUGGACAUGAUUUGGCAACAAUUCAAGGAAGAACUGGACAAUUAAUUUUUAAUUUUGACAAAGUUUUGGAUUUCUUGAGAUAUUUGGAUGGAAACGCUUUCAAAUUUAAGUUCAUUGAUAUAAACAUGAUACCGUUCGUCAUCAAUGUCUAUAAUCUAAAGAAAUGGGAUAUGACAUUCGACAUGGAAACAAUUUCUUUUGAACUAGACAAAUUAAAGAUUCAAACAAAAGUUUCUUUGAUGAAUGAUGAUAAACAAAAAUCAAGAAAAGACGAAGAUAUAUUUUUAUCUAUCUUUAGCAGCUUGAAUAUCAUCAAUGAUGAAUUCGUUUGUCUCGAGAAAAUGGACACUGACGUAAAAUUCAAAUCAAAAUUGGUCAAUAGAGAAUUUUUGAUGUCAGAUUUGACAUGUAAACUUAUGAAUUUAAAUCUGACAAUUGAUGACAAAACAUUAGAAUUUGUAUUUAAUUAUACUAAUUCUAUAUUGGAAUGUUUGCAUGCGCAGAAGUUAGAUGAUAUAAUUUUGAAGUCUUUUAUGACAAUUGUUGAAAGAAACAACAAACAAUUUAAUUUGUUUUUGCCGUUGUUCUCUUACGAAAUUAAUCAAGUGAAAAACAAUGUUAAAACAAUAUCAAGGAAGAAUUUCUUGAGAGAUUUAUUCGAUCCACAAUCGAUGCUCAUGAAAUUAGAUUUCAAAGUCUGCGAAUUUUUCGUUUUGAAAGAUUUUUCAUGUCAAAUUAAUCAAAGUAUUAUGAGUGUUGAUAUUGGAAAAAUUGCAGUAACUGCUUUUCCAAACAUCAUUGAUUUCAUUCCAGUACAGAUCCAGAAACAGAUAACAGAGACAAUCAAAAGAACUUCCAUUGAUAAUUUGUUGGAUAGCAGUCUAAUUAAAGAUUUGGAAAAGUCAGAAGAAGCUGAACAAUCAAUUCUUGGAGAAGUAAAUGAUAGCACGAAAUGUUUCAUUGCUGAAGAAAUACAAGAAAGUAAAUGGCAGCCAAGAAAGAAAUUCGAUCUCAGUUUUCUGCCAAAAUUUAAAACAAAAAUUUCUGAAUUUUUCCUUGAAUGGAAGAACAACGAAAACAAUGCUGUUUAUUGUGAUAUCGUACUUCCAAACAUCAAAAUGUCUUGUAUACCAAAAUCAUUGUCUUUCUCUUUAUCUUUACCUGAAAUGAGUAUGAUUUCUGGUCAGGAAAAAUCUGUUUUUAUUCAGCAGAUCAAGAUGUUCAUGACUUUAUCGACUUACGACAAGAUUUGGUCGAUGAACAAAAAUGAUAUUUAUGACUUUAAUUUUGACACAAAUGACAAAAACAAUUUUCUCAAUAAAAUAACCGUUUUUGUUGAUAUUUCUGACAUGAAUGUUGUUUAUGAUCAUUUAACAGCGAAAUCAUAUGUUUCAUUUCUUAAUGAAAUGAUGCCAAGCAUUGAAAAGCUGAUGCCGAAAGAGUUCGAUGUCAAAUCAAAUAUUCCUGUUGAUUUGAGUUUCGGAUUGAACAAAUUCCAAAUGAAUUUGAAAGAAAUCGAUUUCGGAAUAUUGACAAAUGGUGUUGCUUUUUCGAUGCAUGGAAAAGAAAUAGGAUCUGAAGUGAAGUCAUUCCAAAUUUUACAGAACAAAAUCAAAUCAAAAAUUAUCACUCAUCCUGAUGAUUUUUUGGUUAAAAUUGAAACGAUAGGAAAAGUGCCAAAUAUUACAUUGAAUUCAUUAACAUUUAUUUUGCAUCCUGCUGUUUUUACUCCAUUAUUAGUUUAUCUUUGGAGAACUCCUUUCUGGAAACUUAAAAUUCCAAAAGUCAAAGCAAAUGUUGACUACAAUUUUGUUGGAAAAUUAAAUGCAGAUAGCAUCAGAGUUCUACUUCCAAGUCAAGUAGAUCUAGGAAUGUCUGAUGAAGUUUUGAGUGUUUAUUUGUCUGCAAAAAUGAGUGCAGAUGAAAAUUCAAUAGAUGUAAAGUCUAUCGUUCGUGAUGUCAGAUUUGUUUCUUUGACGAAGAAUUUCGAAUUCCCACAGAUCAUUGAUCAUUUGUCUUGUUUCGCUUUAAUAAGACAACCGAACUAUUUAGCAAAAAUGGCUAAAAAGUCAAAAGCAAUCAAUAGAUCUGAAAGUGUCAAAAUUGAAUCAGAUGAAAAUAAACUGACAAAAAGUGACGGUCCUAUAACUAAAUCCAAAUCAACAUUUGAGAUUUCUAAGACAGAAAAGAACGAAAAACCUAUUCCUGAAUCGAAGUCAUAUGAUGCAAAUCUUAAAAACAAAAAUAAUGAUUUGGAUGAAUAUUUGGGUGUCAAAACUGUGAGUUUUGGAAUUGAUGAUGACGUCAACUUUUCAUUCAGUCCUGAAGAUGUCUAUGGUGUUUAUUCCAUCUUAAAAGAUUGGUUAAGUGUCCAACUUCCUGCAAUGAAUUUGCAAAUGCCGAAAGCAUCUCCACCACCUUGUUUAUUCGUCACAACAAAAGACAUCAAAAUAAGAAUUUGCCACAGCAACAGAAAUUCUUCAAAAGAACAGGCAACAAUCAUAAUUUACAUGCCACCAAUAGAUAUCGCUGCAAGUAAUUCAAAUGAAAGAACAACGUUUGUUUUACAAACUAAGUUUGGAGUGAAUCAUUUUAAUUCUUGCACAGGAAACAUUGAUUCUAUUGUUGAUGAAACAGAGUUGAUUUUGUCUUAUACGUCAACAGAUGACAAAGUAGACAUUGUUUCAUUGAUUGAUUCUCCUUUCACGAUCUCUUUGAGUUAUCAUUUCAUUAGAGAACUGAAAUCAUUGAUCGAAGUUGCUGUUGAACCACGUCAUUCUCAUAACAUAAUACAGAAUCCUGAUUAUUGGUUGAAAUCCACAUGUUUCGAUGAAAUCAUUGUUUCUGUUACGGAUGCAAGUACUUUGUUUUUAUUCCCUGGUGAUUUAAUUCCUGCUUUCUUCAUCACAGCGAAUUCUUUCAUCAUUGUUACAAUAAAUAACAAAUCAAAGAAAUUUAGAGCGACUGAUAUUUUGUAUCCGAUUUCUUUGAGUGAAAGUGUUGUCAUUGCCAAGCAUCCGUACAACGGGGGAAUGAUGUUGGAAUUCGCUUCGAAAUACUCCAUGAAAAACGAUUUGAGUUUUGACCUUUAUAUUUAUGUCAAAACGAACAGUGGAUUUGUAUUUUUAUGUGUUCUUCCAAGACAUGAAAUUAGAUCUCUUCUACCUUAUUCAGGUACUUAUUUUUUUGCCUCUUCUAAAAGAAUGCCAACGAAUAAACCGCAUUUAACAAUCCUUGGACCAAAAGAAAAUACAAAUAAAUGCGAUGUUUAUUCAGAUGAUAAUUACGUUCCAUGUACAAUUUCUAAACAAAAAAGUGAUAUUUUCGGUUUUGACAUUUUAAGUAUUACUGAAGAAUUCACUUUGAAGAACUUAGUACCAUAUUCCAUGCAUUACAACAUCAACAACCAGAAAUUUUUGGCUAAUUAUGGUGAAACAAUUCCGAUUCCAAAUUUCGGAUCGAAAAAUUAUGUUUCAAUUACUGCUUCUUACGAUGAUACCAAUUAUCCAACUUAUGACUGGUUGUAUUUCACUGGCAAGGAUAUCCAAUACAUUCCUGCUUAUGUCUGCAAGAAUAUUUCAUUGUUUUGCGUGAUAGAAGACAAAACAUUGAUUGUUUAUUCCCCUGUUGUUUUGUUUAAUUCUACAAGUAAUCAGUUGAAAAUUGAAAAUGAAAUUUUACCACCAGGAAACUUCACUUUGUGGUCUUUCAAGACACAGAAACUUAUUUCACUUGAAAUCUUCCAGAAGUCAAGACAAUUGAAGAACGCAAUUGACCCUUCAAUUGCUGGUGUUUGUGAUGAAUUGUUUUUGGAAAAUUUGUCAAAUGAUUUGUAUUAUUCUUUGAGAUACAAAAGUGAACGCCAAAGUAAUGAUUUCUAUAGAACAAUAGCUAUUACUAUAACUGAUGGAAUUAGAGUAGAUAACAAACUUGAUUACGGAAUAACUUUGAUUCCCAAAUGCGAAAUUUCUGAUGCAGAUUUGAUGUCAUUUUUCAUCCCACCACAAACAAUGAAAAUAUUCAACAUCACAUCGAAAGAAAAGAAAUAUUCAUUGGGAAUCGGUGUUGAUAAUUGCGAUAGAACUAUUAUUCUUUCAAAGCCUCUUCCGAAAACAGUUUUUAAGAUGAAAAGAGAUGGAAACUUCGAAUUCAUCGAAAUAGAAGUCAAAGAUGAAUUGACAUCUAUUUUUGUUACUUUAAGAAAAGUUUAUCAAAGUCGUUUUAUCAUUUCUAAUGAUUUAACAAUUCCUUUCUAUUUCUACCAAGAAAACGAAGAUGAAAAAGUUUUGGUUCAACCGAAUUCUUUCGAAGAUUUCGCCUAUGAAGAACCAUUCGGUCCGAAACAGAUUUAUUUCGUUUUACAAGAAAGCAAAUUCUGUAUUUCCUUGGAUGACACGAAUAGACAAAUUAUGUUGAACAAAUCAUUCGAUCACAGGAAAGUUUAUAUUGUCAUCAAAUACGUGAAAGGACAAUGUAGAAUCUCUCUUGUAAACGAAGGAAUACAGAAAGAUAAUCUUGUUAAAAGCGGACAAUUCCAGUUGUCUAUCAAUUCAAUUUAUUUCUCUUUAAUUGAUGAUUUGUUCAGAGAAAUUUUGUGCGCGAACUUCAAUUUGAUCGAUCUGUUGUCAGAGAUGAAAGAUGACUACAUUUCAUUGAGACUUAAAAUAGAUUCAAUGACAGUUGACGAUCAAAAUGAAACUUCACCUCACCCGGCCAUUAUUCGAUCAGAAAAUCGGACAUUCUUUGAUUUACAUUUCAUUUUCCAGACAGAUGUUUUGCAGAGCCACGAAAUACUUUAUAUUUCGAUGAUUAUGCAGCCUCUCCAUGUUUAUGUUGUUCCUCAAUUUUUGAGUGAUGUUUAUUCAUUCUUUUUGUCAUUGGAUAUCGAGAAAGACUUGAUGUCAAUUAUUUCUCCUGCAAGAAGCAGUUUCGGAAUAUCGAAUGAGAUCAAAAUCGCAUGGGCAGAUAUCUUCCCUCUCGAUAUAUAUUUGUCAAUUACGAAUGCAGACAAAUACGUCCAAAGAUAUCCGUUCCAAUCGAUAUUCAGACCUUUCAUCUCAUUGAGCGAAAGGAGACUUAGUUUGCCUGCUUUCUUCUUGACGGAAUUCAACGGAUCACUCCAAGAAAUUGCAAACGAACUUACAUUCGUUUAUGCAGUUAAUGGAUUGGAUUUCUUGUUAUCAAACAUGGGAACACUCGGAACAUUGUUGAAAUGGGUUGGCGUUGUUGGACGUGUUCGUUCUAAGUUAAACAUCAAUCAUGAUAAAUUUAGGAACCUUCCAAUCGAAUUAUCAACAGAACACAACUACGACAACAGAGUUACAUGGCUUGGCUGUUUCAACAACUACACAAUACAAAAUGUUUUUGUUAUCCAAAACAAUUUCAAUGUCACUGAAUCUCUUUUGUCAAAAAUUUUGAAUUCUCCAUCCAAAGAAAUCACGGCAUGUAUUAUCAACACAAAAGCUGUGAUUGGAUCAAUUGUUGCACAGCCGAGAGUCAACAACCAAUCAGUGACAAUGUUCAGAAGAAGAUUACCUUUGUGUUGUUUGACAAAUUCUGUUACAAAUUACAACGAGAAAAUAUCAAGAUGCCAACAGAUAUUGAUCGAAAAGAAGCUCGGAAGGCCGAUGUUCUUCGGUAAGAUGGUUGACAAGAACAACUAUUUAGUGUUUGUUACAAUUGAUUACGUUUGUUGUUUGUCACCAGAUUACUUAGUUGAGUGGAGUUGUCCUGUUUUAGGUGUCGAAUCAAUCUUGAAUGAUGGAAAGAUUAUUACAAUGCAUUAUGCACGUGAAACUAGAGUUGUCGAAUCUGACCAUGCUGGUGCAAUUGUUUUAUUCAUUUCUACUUCAUAA